UAUUAAUGCUUCUUGAAUUUCCUGUAUAUGCAGUUCUUCAACAGGUCAAAAUCAAACUAGUUUUGAAAUGGAUUCCCUUCAUGAAAAACCCAGAUCCAAGAAAAGAAAAUUUGUUAUUGAAUCAGUUGAAAAUUUGUCUGUGCAAGCCAUGUUAGCUCACCCUGCACUGGUGAGGUUUCGCACUACUCCACCUGAGCUAUCUUCAUUGACAACUACAUUGGAGCGUGAACCAUACGUUGAAGGAGACCGACCUGGCCGCAAGUAUAUCAGUCGUUUGACUCUGAAUGACAUGGAUGGGAAAGUGUACAGUGGCCAAAAUCAACUCUGCAGACAUUCUAACAAUGAUAUUUGCCUUGUUGGCAUUGCCAACAAGAAAACAGGUAAAAUGAGAUUAUUGGAAGCAGAAGAGUUUCUGGUGAGCCCCGAGAUUGAUUUAGUUAACAAUGAACCAGAUGAAGUGAACAGCCCUAAAAAAUAUAAUGCAACUGUCCUCUUUGGAACAAAGAAAAAUAGAUUGAAACACAAGGUUCUCAUGGAAGAAAAGGACCGGAGAGCUGCUGAGCUGACAAGCAGUGUGGAGAAAGCCCGUCCCCUGAUUGAGAAAACAACUUCCGUUGUCACAAGCAGUUCUUCGGAUAACUCUUACUUCUUACCCCCCAUCAACACAAGUGCCAAGACGGUGGACGAAGUGUACAACAUGAGUGACAUUGUAGAGGACUACGUUCUGGAGCAUCUCAUUGAUGAAGCAUCUGCGCUCCUGGAAACCAAGGGCCUGGAUACUGAGAAAGUAAGACCGCUGUUCAUGCAGUGUCUGGCGGGUGCAAGACUUGAGACAGACGACGAAGGCCGGCUACGUUAUGCCUGCGCUGCCAUCUAUGUCGAGUAUCUCUGCAGGAUUGUGUCUGGAGUUGAUCUUCCGCUUGACAACAUGGAUGAUGCUGUCGUAGAGCACCUUAAGAACACCUACAAAUUGACUAAAAAAGCACGAUUCUUGCCCCCGGAAAUGAUUCACAAAGCCUUAGCAAAUAUCAUGCAAAAAUUUGAAAUAUUUAUACGAACUCCUGACGAUGGUGCAGUUGCUGCGCGUGAAAAAGACAUCCACGCAUAUUGUGAUUCAGCUUCCUUUGCCAUCUCGCGAAGCAUCAUCGGUGAACAAAAUUUCAGUUUUCGCCAAAAAGAAAAAAUGAGCAUCGGGUAA